UGGUGAGUUCCAUGUCUGCUUAUGUCUGGUGUUUGUUUGCUUUUAUUCAAAGUUCCUUGUUGCUGAAUUAGAGAGUUGAGCAUCCUGCACAUGAGAUUACGUGGGAACAUGUGGUGCAGAGGUUAGUCGUGGUUCUUGUGUGUACAUGCAGCAGACCAUGACUGAAGAAACGAGCGGAGGAAGCCCCGGUAGACAGAGUGAUCCAAACAAAGUGGAUGCUGAUGGAGGGGGUCCAGCCAGAGGGAAAUGGGCCAACAAAUGGGAGUUUUUGCUUUGCAUGACCGGAGAAAUCAUCGGCCUGGGAAAUGUUUGGCGCUUCCCUUAUUUGUGCUACAAGAACGGUGGAGGGGUCUUCCUCAUCCCUUACUUCACCUUCCUGUUCUUCGGUGGCAUCCCCAUCUUCUUCCUGGAGGCGGCGCUGGGCCAGUACACCAGCGAGGGCGCCGUGACCGCCUGGAGGAAGAUAUGCCCCAUGUUUCAGGGUGUGGGGAUCGCCUCCCUCAUAAUCGUCAUCUACCUGAACAUCUACUACAUCGUGGUGCUGGCCUGGGCUCUCUUCUACCUCUUCAACUCCUUCCAAAGCCCCCUGCCCUGGUCCACAUGUGAAAACUGGUGGAACACCGACGUCUGUCACGACCGCGCUGGUAUUUUCACCAACCCCCAUCUGUUCCACCCCGACUCCAACUGGACCUUCCUGAGCAACAUCAGCUCGUACGACUACCUGGAGAACACCACCGACAUGAUGCUCAAUGAAACCUUCCUGAUGGUCAAGUCCCCCGAGGAGGAAUUCUGGACAAAUCGUGUGUUGAGGAUGUCGGACUCCAUGUCCCUCGGCAAGGUGCACUGGGACCUGGCGCUGUGCCUGCUGCUGGCCUGGGUCAUCUGCUACUUCUGCAUCUGGAAGGGGAUUAAAUCCACAGGCAAGGUGGUCUACUUCACCGCCACCUUCCCUUACCUGAUGCUGCUGCUCCUCUUCUUCCGCGGGGUGACGCUGCCCGGCGCCGGAGAGGGCCUGAAAUUUUACCUCAUGCCCGACUUCCACAGGCUGGCCGACCCUGACGUGUGGCUGGACGCCGGGACGCAGGUGUUCUUCUCCUACGCCGUGUGCCAAGGAGUGCUGACCUCUCUGGGAAGCUACAACAAAUACAACAACAACUGCUACAGGGAUUGUGUGGCGUUGUGCUUUGUGAACAGCGCCACCAGCAUCUUCGCUGGCUUUGUGGUGUUCUCCGUGCUGGGCUUCAUGGCACACAGCCUGGGCGUCCCGGUGGAGGACGUAGCUCAUAGCGGUGAGUCGGCCGAUCAACAAACACCCCCGCUGUACGUUAAAAGUGUUUUUUUUCCUCCCCCAGGUCCAGGUUUGGCCUUCAUCGCCUACCCGAAAGCUCUUUCAAUGCUACCCGGCUCGUCCUUUUGGACCGUGCUCUUCUUCCUCAUGAUCCUGCUGCUGGGCCUGGACACUCAGUUUGUGUGCGUGGAGAGCCUGGCAACGUCCAUCACAGACCUGUUCCCUCGCCAGCUGAGGAGGCGCGGCGCUCGGGAGAUCCUGGUUCUGGUUAUCGCCGUCGUCUGCUUCCUGCUGGGCCUGCCGCUUAUCACGGAGGGAGGAAUAGUGCUCUUCCAGCUGAUUGACAGCUACGGGCCAAGUGCAACCAGCCUGCUCAUCAUCGCCUGCUUUGAGACCAUCGUGGUGUCCUGGGUGUACGGUAGGAAGCGUUACUGCAGGUGCACCACUUUCCUUCCCGUAGCGGUUUUACAUUUCAUACAGAUUGGAUUUUCUCACGGUUGUGCAGGCGCGGACAGGUUCUAUGACAACAUAGAGGACAUGAUUGGGUACCGGCCGUUCCCCGUCCUCAAGUACUGCUGGUUGUUCAUCACACCGCUCCUAUGUGUGCUCACGAUGCUGUACGACCUGGCCAACACGCACUCCCUCAUGGUGUACGACUACAGGCCCGGCACGUGGGCCUCCGCCUUGGCCUCGCUGCUGGUGCUCACGCCGCUCAUCUGCAUCCCAGCGUUCAUCCUCAUCACGCUGUGCAGGAACCCUCAGAACAUGGCGGUACCGUCGAGCGAGCUACGCCAGGCCCGGCCGCACAAGCCCGUCCUCACGUUGGGUCAGCAUGUCGUCUUCGCCGCUUCCAGGCCGCCCGGCGGGAGGGACGAUAAGAUAGCAAUGGAGGAGCCCAGCGCCGUUUGAUGGACCAGGACUAUGACAUCAUGGCCAUAUUGUUCCUAAACGUAGUGAGACAUUCAGGGACCUGCUACAGUGUUUCCCAUAUAAGCUCCGUAUCUUUGUUUUCACACCCACAACUUGUGCUUCUCAAGACCCGUACUGAUAACCGUUUUCAAUGUCGAUGGAAGUGUACUUUAGAAGGCUAAGGCAGGUAAGAAGGACCGCAACAAAUGAGAACCUGUCGGUUAGUCCUGAUGAAACAUGAUGACAUCACUGCUAGCAGCAGAACCAGACUAUAAAGGGGGAGGAGCCACAUGCUGUGCCCAGCAAGGUGCACUGUAUUCGGGCACACGCUCCGAGCGGCCUGUGUGACGCCACGGAGGUCUCUCUUUUCAAACACCGUGCCGCUGGCGCUUCAGGUGACUGACUGCUCCAAGGGGUUUUUGUACCCUCACGGAGGAGCAUUUGGUACAACUAGCAAGCUAUAUUUAGCCACCAAUCAGACCCCAAUCUGAUGUGUGUGUUCAUCGCCAGUUUAUCUUCUAUUUGUCAUGUUGGGAAAAGUUAUGUGUAGGUAGCACUUUUGCGUCUCAUAGUGCAUAACUGUAGCGUUCAAGGACUGAACAAAGACAAAAGCAUGUGAAAUGUGUGAGCUUUCCAACAGAGACUCUGACUUGACAACACAAACGCUCUUCUCAACGAGCAGCAGGUGCCUCUGUGGGCCCCUGCCCAGCUCACAGGUGGCUCCGUCUUGUUUGUGGUGUUAAAACGGUUCAUUUGUAGUUCCAGCUUUACCUAGUUCUAGCUUUUUUUAACUCACUUUUUGCCUCCCGUGGUAUUCCUCUCUCCUACAGCAUCCAAAUUAGACGUCACAUCACCCUCCAACCCACCACUGCCACACGUAGAUUGCAAUCCUGUGGGAAACACUGUACUAUUUACUUUUUUAUGCUACAAAUCCAAAGCAAUGAACAUAUAUGACGGUUUUUAACUGUUUGUGUCACCCAAUAGCAAUCAAUACAACAUCUUAUUGAAGGAAUUUCAUGUAGUCUUGCCCUAUAGUACAGUACAGUACAGUAUGUACAGUACAGUAUGUACUGUACAGUACAGUAUGUACAGUACAGUAGGUACAGUACAGUACAGUAUGUACUGUACAGUACAGUAUGUACAGUACAGUAGGUACAGUACAGUAUGUACAGUACAGUAUGU